UGGUCAGCUGUAACUCAGCACUAACCCUCACAACAACACGUCUGUUUUACCCUCCACUACAGAAGAACACUCAACUGAGCAGAUCGGAGUCAAGAGGAGCCUUUUACGUUUGGUGGAGCAACCAGAAUGCCUCGGGGGAGACAGUGUGUCCCUUCUACCGAGAGAGACGGCAUAUGGUUUCGCCACUCUGGCCAUGAGCAGUUACCCAGUGUCACCCGGCCAGACGGAACAAGCACGGGGAGGAUGCUCACCUGUGCACUCCAACCUAACUCCCGGACCGCCCCGAUACCUUCUCCAUUCCAGGCUCGGGCUACAAGGAACUUCAAACGAUCUAACGGGUUUUCUAAUCAUGACAACCGGCACGUCUUUCAAGACUGUGGGGAAUAUUUCGAAGAUGGCAGAGAUCAACGGGUACUGGGUAAACGCCUUCUCACCGUGACUAGUCGACAACACUGCACGCCUAAGGACAUGUUGAAACAUUGCGACAGGGCUGUUGUGGAUUAUGAUUAUUGCACAACUUACAAGGCCACACACAAUGGUACUCCCACCAAAGAAGGUCCCGUUCAUCGUAGAUUUCCCAGACACCAUUCGUCUGAAUAUGGGCCUGCCAAACCCGCUAACACCAUCAGCGACUGGUUCCCGCAUGCGAACGAACCAGUUAAGAUACCGCUUCAGGUAUUGGCUAGUUCACAGGGACCGUUCGCUCGACACAACACCUGGAAAUACUCUAACCACGGACUUAACCGGAUUUAUCCCAGUUACCGUAUUUCGGAAGUCGUGCCACGUCCAGUCUUCAAUAAAUACGGAGCCAAUUUCAUCAGUGGGACAAGUUGAAAUAAUGAAUAAAAAGUAUAAUUUUAUUUGCCACAUUGCAAUAACUUAUACAACUCAUUUUGUCCUUUUACAACAUGAAGAGUUUUAACUCAUUAAGGGUACCAAAGACUAAUUGCACGUUACAGGUUGGAAAAAAAUACAAUGUGAAGAAUUUUUACGAAUUAUUUUUACAGUGAUCAGGGAUAUGGGUAUAUACGUGAAAGGGAAAAGGGGCAUUUCAGUACAGUGACCAAUUGCAUUGUAUCACUGAUAAACUAAUGAAAAUGGAGGUACAGGUCUGCCUUGUAAUUAAAG